GUCCCAUCAAAAUACACAAUUGAAGUCCAAUAAAGGCUCUGCAUACCAUGGCAGGGCAAGAGCUUUUGCGAGGUUUGGACCUCGAAGCAGCGCACGACUUUGCGACGCAGCUCGCAGUUCGAGCCGGGGCCAUGCUUCGGGAGAACGCAUGGAAACGCGCCUGCGCGCCUCAUCUCUCUUCGUCUGCAAGCUCAGCGGAUCCAAUCUCUCACGAUCAGAGUUAUGCUGCGGAAAAAUUACAUGAAAAUGGGGCGCUAAAUACCCGGGAGAAGGACUCGAGCGUAGACGUUGUCACCGACAUUGAUUUGAGCGUAGAACGCUUUGUGGUCGAGGAGAUCCGCAAGGUUUAUCCCGGCUUUGAUGUCCUUGCGGAAGAAGCCUAUGCUGCGGGAGGCAGCAAGCGAUAUGCUUGCUCUGAAUUACCAACGUGGAUCGUCGACCCGCUGGAUGGCACGGUGAACUUCACACAUCUGUUUCCCACUGUCUGUGUUUCCAUCGGCCUUGCCAUCGGUAAUGAACCCGUCUGCGGAGCAAUCUAUGCGCCAUUGAUGGGCGCAGGCGCAAACCUUGAUCCAGUGUCACAUCUGGGCGGCAUGCUCUGGAGUGCAUGCAAAGGCCAUGGGGCAUUUCAGAGCACACCGGACCGACGGCACCCUCAGACUUCGACCCUUCAAUGGCUAAAAGCGAACAUUGUCGGAUCAACUAUGCCGUCUACUGCAGAUUCAAAACGGACAGCGGGGUUGGACGGUCACCCACGGCCUUUGCGUCUGCCCAUAAAUUCUGCGCCUCUACUGCGCACUAGCUCCCCGCAAAUAGCGUCUUCGACCUUGAAAGGACUCUUGCUAAUCUCAGAAUGGGGAAAGGACCGAAGGCCGCCAUCUGAUCCGCAGUCCAAUCUGACCCGGAAAGCGAAUACAUUCUGGAACCUGACCAAACGCUCAACGGCUGAUGAAGCAGGGCAGCAAGGUGGUGAAGUACACGGUAUUCGAAGCCUGGGUAGUGCUGCGCUGGACCUGGUCUACUGCGCCAGCGGCAGCGUCGACAUAAUGUGGGAAGGCGGCUGUUGGGAAUGGGACGUAUGCGCUGGCCUCGCCAUCCUUGCUGAAGCCGGUGGGCUGUGGACGGACGGUAAUGCACCCUCCCCCGCUUCAGCGUUAUGGCGAGAAGACACACCGCUCCCACGAGGGUCGUUAGGUGGGCGCCGCUUCCUGUGCAUUCGGCCGGAAGCAACCCCCAACGAAAGCACACGGCUCGCGCAGGAGAGGAUCGCAAGAGCUGUCUGGAGGAAUCUGCACCACGGCGGGCUGCAAUACGAGCGCGAAGGUGUGGUUUAUCCGUCUUGACCCAUUUGCACUCGACUCGUACUCAUUACAUGUCUUGCAAAUCGUAAUCCAAAUCUAUAGAUGGC